AUGACCCAAUACAAGGCAACCCCCGCCUUUGAAACUGCCCGCAGGAACAUUGACGGUCUAAAGGACGCUCCCAAUCCGAUAGCGAGUCCGGACCAGCACGACCAGCUGCUUGUAUGACAAUUCCCUUCCCUCCCCUCUCCCGUGAUGCACACGGUACAAUCGAGAUUUAUGACAAGAAAGGCAUACUGCCUCUUCAAGCAAACCACGAAGGGCGACGUCACGGGCUCUAGGCCAUUUUUCGGCGCCGAAGUUCAUCUCCCCCAACUUACCCCCCCACUCGUGGUACUAAAUUGUUGCAACAGGCGGUGAAAUUCGACGCCCGGGCACUUGUCAGGGGCACGGCACGCCAGGAGGCAGACGCGCGCUACGUGAAUUGCGCGGGGUAUAUUCUUGAGGGAAUGGAGCUGAGUGAGGAGAACAAAGACCUGUUAGAAAAGAUUAGGAAGUUGGGAACUUUCUCUCUCCUAAAUUGGUAGGCUGACGGAGGGAAGGAAGCAUGGCUGCUACCGGCUACAGCGCGGAUGGAGGGAUGGGCAAGAGUGAGGGAAUGGUUACGCUUAAAUAUUAAACAGACGACUGCGAGGGGCUUCCUCUCGCCAUUGAUUUGGUUGACUGACCAAUUUGAUUGAUUGAUUCGAUUAAUCGAUCCAUCGAUUCACGCA